AUGCCUCGCAUUGUUGCGUACAAAGGCACCGUCGUACACUCCGUCGCGCUCGGCCACGUCCAAGUGUUCCGACCUGGUCUCAUUGGUGUUGACAAUGCAACGGGGAAAAUCGUGUUCGUUCAAGAUGGAAGCGACUUGCACGGAAGCAGCUUGGAGCCAUUUGAUGCCUGUGUGGAUUUCGGCGACCAGUUGUUACUUCCGGGGUUCGUUGACGGUCACGCCCAUGCACCGCAGUACGCGUUUCUCGGGGUCGGGAUGCACUUGCCGUUACUUCAGUGGCUCGAAACAUUUACGUUUCCCCAUGAAAUCAAGUUUGAAAAUCGCGAGUACGCACGGGAAGUGUACGACCAAGCUGUACGACGGCAUUUGAACAAUGGUACGACCACGUGCUCGUACUUCGCGACCGUACACCUGGAGGCCUGCAAAGAGCUUGUUGACGUCUUGGAACAAGUUGGCCAACGUGCUUUUGUGGGGAAAGUCAAUAUGGACCGCAACGCCCCGUGCGCGUUGCUCGAAGACACUGACACGUCAAUCUCCGACACGAAGGCGUUUGUCGCGUACGUACAAAACAAGCACAACGAGUUACUGACGCCCGUGAUUACACCACGAUUUGUUCCGAGCUGUUCGACCAGACUGAUGCAGGGCCUCGCGGACAUUUCACGAGCACAUUCACCCAAGUUGCCUGUGCAAUCGCAUCUCGGUGAGAACCGCCAGGAGAUCAAGUGGGUCGAGCAAUUGCAUCCAGAAUGCAAGUCGUACACGGAUGUGUACGAUGAAUAUGGACUGCUGCACGAACGGUCGUACAUGGCGCACUGCAUAUGGUGCAGCAAGAGCGAGCGCGAGCUCCUUCGUGACAACCGCACGGCAGUGAUCCACUGUCCGAAUUCCAACUUCUCGCUCUCGAGCGGUGUGCUGAAUGUCCGUCGACUGCUGCAAGAGGGAAUUAAAGUGGGACUGGGCACAGACGUGUCAGGCGGCUAUUCGUCGUCCAUGUUGGACGCCAUUCGUCAGGCUGUUAUUGCAUCCAAGAUGGUCUCGAUUGGCAAUGGCAGUGCUAGUGAAGAGCAGAGUUUGGAGGCUUUACAGGAGGAAACAGCAGCAGCGCUGUCGUAUGCUGAAGCUUUUCAUCUCGCAACCGUUGGUAGCGCUGAAGCACUCGGACUUGGCGAUACGGUUGGCAACUUUAUGAUCGGCAAGGACUUUGAUGCGCUCGUGGUGGAUCCUUACUGUGCAAAUAGCCCCAUGGACAAGCCGUUCGACCCCGUCGAGGCCGCAGACGUUUUCCACACGUUUCAGAAGUUCCUUUUCCUCGGUGAUGACCGCAACAUCGUUUCCGUCUUUGUGAAGGGGCGGCAAGUCAAGGGUGUGUUACCUGAGCUUCGUGCGACGAAGGUCGACGACGUCACCAGCUCCUUAUAA